UCUCACGAGUUUCAGCAUUGAUUGGUGGGUCUUGUCUUGAAAAGUUAAUGGCAUUACAAUUUCAAACUUUUUUUUUUUUUUAAUGCGUUAUGGUAAACAACGGAAUGACACGACACUAUUUAUACAUUUUGUUGUUAAGAAAAUGGUACAGAAUAGUCUGGAAAUACAAAAUGAAAUUCAUACCUGCACUAUUAAGAUUUCACCAGUGUUAAUUACAUAGACUAAGUCAUGUUUUACAGGAAACAUCUAACACGUUGACAUGUUCACAAAAUGGGUUAUAACGUAACAUCUCUUUAAAUACCGGAUUUGUAUUUUGUUUUAUUUUUUUCUGUAAUGUGGCACUACAUUUUUAAUUAAGUUAUUAUUCCCAACUAUAUCAUCUCAUCAAUAUGUCACGGCUAUAUCACGAAACGAAUUGUUGUCAUCAAGCUAAAAAAUGGAUUGAUUGUGGAUUGAAAGAGAAACACACAGCGCUCUAUCUAGACCACUUAAUUAAAUGUCCAGAGUAACAAUGUAGCAUUGCUUCGGGUUAGUGUUUACAGUGUUAGGGUUACUAUCAGGGAUGUCUGAAUUUUGAAUGAGGUUUUGUGACUGUCACUCACCCUGUGACAACUCGUCGCUUUCCCACAUUCCCUGGGCGCUGAUUGGAUCGGAUGGCGACGGGGAGGGUGUUUUUCCAAGCUCGGCGCUGUCAGAUUGGCAAAUUGAGGAUCGAGUUGCUGUAGCUGCAGGUAGGGAGACGGGAUAAAGCGAGAACGCCAAACAAAUCUGAAAAAACGAGAAGGCUGCCUUUUAAUUUUUAAAUUGUUAUUUUAAAAAAGGGGAAAACAAGGACCCGUUUCCGAAGAGAAAAGCAGCAUCUAAGCGGAGUCAAGAGGAAAAUCUCGGAGCACGGGAAAUUCCAGUGUGCAUGAGUGAAUGUUUUCUUUGGGGGGGCGCACGGGUUUUCCAAGGAACUUAAAGAAAACCCCAUUUGCCUGCUAACCGACCCACCACAAAGCAUGAAACAUUUGAAAAGAGCCCGGGAAGAGGAGCGCAUCCGGGAGGCCGAGUUCUCUGUGAUGUCAGACAGUGACCCGUGCGAGGAUGACGGGGGCAGCAGCUUCCCCUUGGACCUGUCGGGCAACUCGGGCAAGAGGCGUCGCCGCGGAAACCUGCCCAAGAAGGCGGUGCAGGUCCUGCGAGACUGGCUGUAUGACCAUCGUUUCAAUGCCUACCCCUCUGAGCAGGAGAAACUUAGCCUGUCCGGGCAGACAGGCCUCUCUGUGCUGCAGAUCUGUAACUGGUUUAUCAAUGCACGGCGCCGUCUGCUCCCGGACAUGCUCAGACGGGACGGCAAGGACCCAAACCAGUUCACCAUCUCGCGGCGGGGGGGCAAGAUCACAGAGCCCAGGACGGGAGGUGGAACCAGCUCUCCAGAAACAAGCCCGGCACUCCUAGCUGCACUGCGCCCGUCUGUUAUUCAGCCUGCCCCAUACCUGGACCUUAAUAUCCUUGGGAGCACAGCGACGGCCAUCUUGAGUGGGGCAAACUUCUCCACCACGCCCGCCAUCUUGAGCAGGGCAAACCAGCUGAGCACAGUGACUGUAUUGAGCAAGACAGGCUCUUCUGACACAGCAGCCAUCUUAGGCAGGGCAGACUCAGUGAGUCCAACCGGAGGACUGUUUAACACACCGCCCCCUACGCCUCCGGAGGUGUGUCUGCAGGACUUCAGUGACUUUCGGUUACUGGUAGAGGUAGCCCUGCAGCGAGCAGCUGAGCUGGAUAACCAACGGCAGAGUGGGCCAGGGAUGGUCGGUGCCAAGAGUGAAGCGAGCAAGGCAGUGAAGAGUGAGCAGAGUAAGAUUAAGUGCAUGGGCGGUGUUGACAAGGAGGAGGUCCAAAGUGUUAACGUGCCAGCUAUCCAAGGAAUUCAAACACUCAGUGGAUCGAUGGCUGUGGAGAACAUUGCCACUAGUGUGCAACAUGCCCAGAAUGUCCACUUGAUAAGUGGCGCGAGGGUUGAUGAGAAGAGGCUGAAUUCCCAGGAGACUGUUGUUCACGGGGUCUAUGAGCCGAGUGUUUGGACUAUUUGUGCACAGAGGCCCGUUCACUUGGAAAGCAUCCAGAGUGUUCAGAGUUCUGUUACGUGUGCAUGGAGCUCCCAGCACGCUCAUGCUGUGCGUGAAGCUGUGAACUAGGGCACAGGACCGUCGAAAAACUUGUUGCCAAGCUUGCUGUCUGCUGCUUCCAUUACUUCUAUAUAAUGGAUGGAAGAAAGGAAAACAAUGUCUGCACAGUAGAAAUGUUAAAUGGAGAAAGUCAGUUGCUGGUACUUAAUGUGUUUCACAAGUUGUUUGAAAUGCUGUUGGAAAUGUGGUAUCUUUAAAAAAAAAAAAAAAAAAAAAAAAAAGAGUAGACCAGGCUUGUGUGUUUUCUUUUUUAAUCGGUGCAACAGAUACUGUGAACUGUUUAGAGGUGCUCUGUGGUUUUACAAUACAUCGGGGCUUUUAAAGAACUGUUUUUUAGGGUCAGGAUUCUUCUUGAGUUUCUUCACCCUGUCUGAAACUCUCAUUCCAAAGAUUUUCUUUGAGUUACUUUAGGGAGAUGGAUAUCGUUUUGAACUUUUUUUUUUGUGGAAAUAGAAAUACCAAUGCACAGUAGUUUGAGUCGUUCCAAUUUAAAUUUCUGUAGCUUCAAAGCAAAAUUGACAAAUUGGGGAGGUAUGGAAUUUAUUUUUUUGGUUCUUAGUCAAAUACUGUUACCACCUCCUGUUAUGGUGGUGUUAUGAAGGUCGGACAUACAGUCAUUAUGAAUGAUCAGCUAUCCAGUGAAAGUUUCUUUUAAAUCUAUCACUGUAGCUGAUAUUGCCUGCAGUCUUGCCCAUAGCAAAAACUAGUCUCAGAAUGGGGUAUGCAGAAAAACGCAUGGAUUUGUGAGUGUUUUCAGGUGUAUGUAAAGUAAGCCUGAAAGUUGGCUGCAGUGUCACUAAAUUAUUUGAAACCCACAGUUAAGGCGUAUAAAUUCAAAAAGCUUCAAGUUAUUCCAUAAGUUUACCCUUUCUUGCACCAUGUGCUAAAUGCAUUGCCUUGUAUAGUUUGUGUGCAUGGGGUGUAACAGCCAUUUACUGGAUCUGCUUUAGCCAGCCCUAUAAUAAUGAAUCUGAGACAGUUCUGUGGUUUUAAUGAACCCUGAGACUGAUUCCCAUGAGUGGGAGUGAUGUGUUUACCUAGCCAGUGUGAAGGAGGUGCUCAGUGUUGGAGCAGGUGCAUUGUGGGAAAGGAGGCUCCAGUUUUACUCCUGCUUCUGCAUAUACAUCUAUCUUGUGAUUUAUCUGUCUUGUUGCUGGAACAGAGAAGUCGAGAAUGCAAAGUUUAAGGGUUGAGUUGUUUUAUGUGCACCAGGUAUUAAAUUGUUUUGGCUUUUCUUUAAGUUCUAUGUUUAGUAGCCAGACACAAACUGUGCACCUGCUGUUUAAAUGUGUGCUCAUUUCUACAAUAGAUGCCUGCGUGAAAGGGCUGCAGGGCCCAUUUCGACUUGACCUCUCCUGUGCAUAAGACUGGGUUGUAAUAUCCUGUUUUCAUAUGACCUAAAAAAAUACUUCUAAAGGGACUCUGCAGUUUUCAUUUUUAUACGUUACUGGUGAUUGUGUCUUUUCUGAAUUGGAGGUCACCUUUUCGAACAAGCUGUUGAAUAGUGCAAUAUACUGGGGAGAUAGACUUCAUUAAAUUCCAUUUUUGUAGCCUUAAGUAUGUGACUUUUUUUUUUUUUUUCAUACAUGUAACAAAUAAAAUUGAAUUCUUAAUUUGUGUGUUAUGUUUCUGCUGGUUGUAAUCUCCGAAUUGAAUUUAUUGAUAAACAGUACUUCAAGAACACAAUUUUAAUCAUAAAGAAAUACUUUAGUUAUGUAGGAAAACCCAUUUAUUUGUGUUACUCCACUGAAUAAUACAAAAGAAUAAACUGGAUUUUAGAGAGGGGAAAAAUACAAAAACCUACAGAGAGGCAGACUGGUCUACUUAAUUCUCUCAGAGACAGCUUUGGAUCUUUCUUUUGGUUCAGCAAAGGUACUAUAAAUGAUGUAAUAAGCCUCUAAUUACAUUCCAUUUAAAGUGGUGGGAUACUACACACUAAGGUCAUCAUUCAGUCCACAACCUGCUGUCUUUUCCAUGGGUAUUCCAUUCUUGUCAUGAUUCAUUUUAUAUAGUGAUCUC